GGGGGUGAGAGACCGAGUGCCGCAGCGCGGGGCGAGUGUGGUGUAAAGGAAUUCAUAAGCCAUGGAUGUAUUCAUGAAAGGACUUUCAAAGGCCAAGGAGGGAGUUGUGGCUGCUGCUGAAAAAACCAAACAGGGUGUGGCAGAAGCAGCAGGAAAGACAAAAGAGGGUGUUCUCUAUGUAGGCUCCAAAACCAAGGAAGGAGUAGUUCAUGGUGUGACAACAGUGGCUGAGAAGACCAAAGAGCAAGUGACAAAUGUGGGUGAGGCGGUGGUGACGGGGGUGACAGCAGUAGCACAGAAGACUGUGGAGGGAGCAGGGAGCAUUGCAGCUGCCACUGGCUUUGGCAAAAAGGAUCAGCUGGGCAAGAGUGAAGAAGGAGGCCCACAGGAAGGAAUUCUGGAAGAUAUGCCAGUUGAUCCUGACAAUGAAGCAUAUGAAAUGCCUUCUGAGGAAGGGUAUCAAGACUAUGAACCCAAAGCCAAGAAAUACUUUUGCUCCCAGUUUCUUGAGACCUACUGACAGAUGUUCCAUCUUGUACAAGUACUCAGUUCCAACAUGCCCAGUCAUGACGUUUUCUCACAGUUUUUACAGUGUAUUUUAAACUCUUCCAUCAGCAGUCAUUGAAGUUAUCUGUACCUGCCCCUACGCAGCAUUUCAGUGCUUCCCUCUCACUGAAGUGAUUAUACGGUAGCAGGGUCCUUGUGUGCUAUGUGGAUAUUGUGGCUUCAAAUCUAAAAUGUUAAAUUAAAACACCUAAGUGACUACCA